AUGUACAUACAUCUAGCAAAGACAAAACCUGACUACACAUCUCCGUCUCGACGCGGCGGACAAUGGACGGUCGUCAUCCUCGUAAUAUGUACUAUUCUCAGCUUCUCCGAGUUCCGCGCCUGGUUCCGCGGCCACGAGAACCAUCACUUCAGCGUCGAGAAGGGUGUCUCACAUGAAUUACAACUCAAUUUGGAUAUGGUCGUCGCAAUGCCCUGCAAUAAUGUCAGGAUCAAUAUCCAAGACGCUGCGGGCGACCGUAUCCUUGCCGGUGACAUGUUAACUAGGGAGGACACGAGUUGGAAGCUGUGGAUGGACAAGCGCAACAAGGAGAUGUACCAUGGUAUCCAUGAGUACCAGACGCUCAAUAAUGAAGAUACGGCGCGAUUGUCGGCGCAGGAGGAAGAUGUCCAUGUCCGUCAUGUGUUGGGUGAAGUGAGGAAGAACCCGUGGAGGAAGUUCCCCAAAGGACCGCGUCUGAGGAGAGGGGAUGUUGUUGAUUCUUGUCGUAUCUAUGGCAGUCUGGAGGGGAAUAAGGUCCAGGGUGAUUUCCAUAUCACCGCCAGAGGACAUGGGUACCAGGAUUUCGGGGCUCAUCUCGAUCACAAGACUUUCAACUUCUCACACAUGAUCACUGAGCUUUCCUUCGGACCUCAUUAUCCCUCGAUCCUCAACCCUCUCGACAAGACCAUGUCAACCACCGACCAACACUACUAUAGAUACCAAUACUAUGUCAGCAUUGUCCCGACCGUCUUCUCCAAAGGCAGCAUCUCACCAGAUGCCCUCCCUUCUCCAUCCUCCCGCCGCAACAGGAAUCUCGUCUAUACGAACCAGUACGCCGCGACGAGCCAGUCACACGCUAUUCCAGAAAAUCCAUAUAAUAUUCCCGGCGUGUUUUUCAAAUACAACAUCGAACCUAUCCUGCUACUCAUCAAUGAAGAGCGCGGCAGCUUUCUCGGCCUCAUUGUUCGCUUAGUAAACGUUGUCUCUGGAGUCAUGGUCACGGGUGGUUGGUUGUACCAGCUCAGUGGAUGGCUCGUUGAAGUCGUGGGACGAAGAAGAGCAACGGGGAAGUCUGAAGGAGUGCUGAAUGGUAGACAUUCGAAUGAAGAUGACGAAUAAAACCGCUUCGCCUUCAGAUAAAAUCAGCGCCUCCUUCCCUUUUUGGGGGAGAUGCUCUUGUUUUGGAAGUAUUAUAUGCGCAUUGAUGCAUGGAGUAAAUGGUGUGGAGUUCUAUGUUUUCAUGUUCUGUUGUUUUUUCAAGCGUCGUUUGAGAUAUCUCUGUAUUGCUAUAACUAUCUAUCUACCUACCUAAGAAACUGGCAUAGGCGAGCAAGACCUUUUAUCUUUUUGGGCCUUAUCGAGAGAAAAGUAUCAGUCCAUAGAUAUCUGUGUUGUGGAAAAAAAAAAUCCAAGAAAAUCCGCGGGAUAUCAUUCGUUUAAAAACCCAUGUCGUAACUACUUAAUCUGUCCUCCUCAUGAACAGCAAGCAUAUAUAAUAAUACA